CGCAACGCAGCGUUGGCGUCGUGCAACACCUUUCAUUGUAUUGACUAUUGACUGAUUCCGAACACAGAGAAUAAUGUAUAAAUCUAAUUUAUCGUUUUAUUGUCUUACUUCUUGUUAAAUUUUAUUGUAGUAUAUUCUAGUAUAAGUGUAAUUAUGUCCCCAUUUACGUAAAUGUGAAAUAAUACAGCACAUUGAGUGUUACGCGGCCAUUUUACUUGCAAUGCGGCAACGGUGUACGAUCCGCCAUUGGAAACGACUAGUGUCUUUUUCUGAGGGCUGUAUUUGUAAUUCGUCGAAUUACAAGGCAUAAAAACAAGGUAUACAAUGUGUGAUAAAAGUGUAGUGCGGACUUUAGUGUAGUGAAGCACGGUGGUCGGGUGUUUCGAAUAAUGUGCGAACGAUGGAAAACGAAGUGAAGCAGCGCAAUCAAAGAAAUAGGCGAAGGGAGCGGGCGCAGCGCAUGCAAGCACAGCGAGAGAGCAAAGUUAAGGAUGGGGACAGCGGGGAGGACGAGUCUCCGGCGAGAGAGAAGCCGCCUCGUCCUCCAGCCAGGAGAAAGAAGUCGAAGGAGCCGCUCGGGGAAGAAGAUAUCAUUGAUGGUUUCGCCAUAAUGGCAUUUCGCACCUAUGAAGAUCUCGAGGCUGCUGUAAAAUGCGCUUCUUCACCUCGUACCAACGCGCUGUCGACCAAGCCGCGGCUACCGCUCGCUGCGUUGGCCGGCGACGCGCCCCGGAACCACCCACCAAACAAUGUCAACUCACAUGGUAUAACGCUGCUUCAAGACGCUGGCACGUCGGAUGACAGUGGAAGGGCAUCUGAACGGCUCACGGGCAGCUCAUUGGCGCCACGCGACCCCGAUUCCUCGCGCGAUCGUCUUAGUGACGCCAGUAGCCGCUGUAGUUCCGGAAAAGGCUAUAUCUGUGAUAGUGAAGGCGACGACGACAAGGCGAGUCCAGAAAACAGUAGAAAUGCCUCACCAAGAUAUCACGAUGUGUCAAUGGAUGAUGCAUCGGACACCGGCUCUCUGUUCCGGGUGACUGGCGCCGGCGCGGGCGCCGGAGGGAAGAACGAAUUGGUGGCACGCGGAGGCAGCGGCGGCGCGCUGGCCUUGUCGCGUGCGCCAGUUGGCGGCAGCGCGAGCCCUGCGCCUGCGCCACUGCCGCAGCCUGCGCCCUCGCCCGCUCCCGCCGCCCUGCCCCCGCCUGCGCUGCCGCCCCCGCCCUUCCGCGCAGACACCCCGCACCGGCCCAGCAGCGCGCAUAUCCCCGCGCUCGACGGACAUGCAGCCACGCAGAUACCGGCGCGGCCGGUUGGCGCUGCGGGCCCGGACACACCCGAGCGGCCCGCCAGCAACAACAAGCUGCAGCCCGGUGCACGCGCUGCAGCUGACAGCCCGACGCCUGCACCGCCCGCGCCGCCUGCGCCCUCGCCGCUUUUCCCAUCGCACACCGCGUACCAAGGCCACGCAACCGCCGCGCUACCUGACUAUCGCCACACGAACCACGAAACGCGGACGGAGCCAAGCGAGCCGGCGGGGGCGCCGUUGGACUUGCACGCGCAUCACGCACAACGGCCGCAGCACGCCCCGCCUUCUCCCCUCGCGCAGGCGCACCCGCACGCCGCACUGCCCGGCCGGGUGCCGCACCCGCAGUCACACCCCGUCAUGCCCGGACACGAUGUUCGGAAUCCCCCGCCCUCCACGCAACCUCAUCCCGUACCCACCUCAUUUCCCAAUCGCAUCAGCGGCCUUCCCCAAACUUCUACCCCAACCUCAAAUACCACCUGUCUUCCCAACCAGAAUGUCCCCGGGCGGCCACACUCUCCUGCCGCGUCCCGCUCGUAUCCCGCCCCCGCUAUCGGGUCUAGUCAUGUAAACUCGAGUAUAAGUUCCAGUAUUCACGGCCAUUCUAUACCUUAUCAAAGUCAAACCAGUUUGCAAAAACAUUCCGUUCAAUUGCCGUAUGCGAACCGGCCGUCACACCUCUCGUCGUUUAGCGUCGCGAAUCAUAUCGCUCCCAGUUAUAUACCAUCGACAGCUAAUCAGAUGGCGACUCAUUUAAGCCAUUCUAUCAACAGCCAUUCCAUUAUGAGCCACCAAAGUAUUCCUAUGAGCAAUUCCAAUCCGUUAGCGACAUCCACACCGAAUCACAUCGGUGCGCCGCACUCUCUGGCUUCCACGACGACGAGUACUAUGUCGAGUUACUCGCACAUGAAGCAUCCUGGUUUGAGUUUACCACCUCAUUCGACGUCGCUGGCGCCGCCCGUAUCUAUGAUGCAGCCAGUUAAUCAUGCGGAUGCGCCGACAUCGACCAGCGCGAUAACAAACACGACACCCUCAUCAAAUAGCAGCAAUUCUCAUCCACUCGCCCAACCUGUGGAUUCGAGACAGGCGGUGGUGUCCUCUGGCGAGCCGCCUAGGAGCGAGGGCCCCGUCACUAGCAGUACUCUCGCGGCCUCUAAUGGCUUCCCUCCCCCAGCGGUUUACUCUGCUAACUCUUAUCCUCCUCUAUACGCCCCUUACGCCACCACGUUACAACAUAGUCCAUAUUUACCACCAGCGGCGGCUUCUCCAAGGAAUACCAGUGACACGAGAACAAGUCUAUCGGCGUCACCGCUAGUCGCCCCCAAGACACCGAAAGGUGUGCGGCCUCACACUCCGGGCUCUCUGGGCGCGGCAGGCGCUUCACACGCAUCGCUCUCGUACUCGCCACGCGGACACAGCCCUGGCAGGGAGCGGGAAAGCUUCAGCAGCAACGUCAGCAGUCUGUCUCGGAGUACGCCUGCGUCUGCGGCGAGUGCGCCCGUGUCUGCGUCCUCGUUGAGCGUGCCGCACGCAGCAACACUGGCUGCGCCGCUAGCCGCGCCUUUAGCUGCGCCACUAGCCGCGCCGCUAGCUGCGCCAAUCGCUGCGCCGCUAGCUGCGCCGUUGGCAGCACCUCUAGCCGCGCCGCUAGCAGCACCGCUAGCCGCGCCCCUCACAUCAUCGCUGGCCGCACCGCUCGCAGCUCCGCUACCGACACCGUUGGCAGCACCGCUUACGACUUCCCUGGGCGCGGGGCUGAGCGGCGGGCUAACGGCGCCGCUGGCCGCGCCUACACCGACACCCGCAGCGCCCGCCGCGCCCGCGCACCUGACGCACUCGCUGGCGCCAGUGCCCACCGUGCCCAGCAUCAGCUCCAGCGCCAAACCGCCCGCGCACUGGGGGGUAACCAGGCCAACGGCAGCAGACCGGCCGGCGUUCCCCCCCGCGCCGCCGCUCUUUGGUGCUCCGCUAGCGCCGCCCAAUCCCAAUCCGUUUUCUGCAGAAUCACUUUUUCAAUCCAGUCCAGGGGCUGAUUUGCUGAGGCGAGAGUUGGACAAUCGGUUCCUAGCGGCGGCCGGUGCGGUGGGCGCAGUAGGUGGUGUGGGCGGCGUGGGCGUUGGGUCGGUGGGCGUGCGCACCGAGCUGCACCACCACCAGCACCAGCACACGCACGUGCACCAGCACCAGCCGCACAGCGCGCAUCCCACACAUCCCACACACCCCGCUCACCCCACGCACUCGGCACACCCCGCGCACCCCGCGCAGCCCACACAGCAUCAUCCGCACCAGCUGAUGGUGCCGCACUCACCACUGUUUAAAGACGUUAGCAAAAUGUCGUCAUUGUACCGAACGGGGCUAGGACUCGGGUACCCGUACUCGUCAAGUCUGCUGCACCCCACUGCCCCCUACGUACCCCCCGCGCCGCUCACCACAUACGCCCCCAAGCCCGUAGUGUCGGCCGCAAGCGACUCCGCCACUAAACCACCACCACGUCCCGCCGCCGCGAAAACUGGAAAAUGGAAUGCAAUGCACGUCCGCAUCGCGUGGGAGAUAUACAAUCACCAACAGAAGGAGAAGUCUGGCGGCGCGCUGCUCAGUGGCGCGGACAAGGAGAAGCUGCGCGCCUUCCCCGCGCCCGCGCCGCCGCCCCCCGCCUACCGCUCGCCCUACGAGCUGCCCUCGCCCUACCUGCCGCACCACCCGCACCUAGGUAGCAGCCGAUACUCCGCCCGCCCCGCGCUCGCGCCCCUCACGCCUCUCGCCCCCCUCGCCCUCGCCACUCACAGAGAUUUGGGCGUUUCAGGGGUGUCGCCGUUCGCGCGCUACGGCGCAGGGGCUUUCCCCGGCGCGCCCGGCGCCUUCGGCCUCUCGCCCUACUCGCGCGACCUGGCUCUCUCGUCCUCCUUGCACGGCGUACACCACCCGCCGCCGCUCGGAUUGCACGACGCGUGGCGCGGGGUGCGUCCGCCCGUCUCGGCCGCGGCCGAGGUGCGCCGGGAACACGAGGAGAGGGAGCGCGCGCGGCGGGAGAGGGAGGAGCGCGAGAGGAGGGAGCGGGAGGAACGCGAACGCCGCAAAGCGCGCGAGCGCGAGAUCGAGAGAGCCCGCACGCGCUCGCCGCUACGGAACGGAGUACCCGAACCGAAAGACGAGCGCAAGGAACCGCCGCGGCCGCCGCCCACGCUGCCGGCGUAUCCGCCUCCCCCGCCCUGGGAUCCGUACCGAACCUUCGAUCCGCUGCAGCACAUGAGGUUCGCGCCACUAGUGGAGGCGGCGAUCCGGGCCGAGGAAGACCGCGCCAAGAUGCUGAGCGCGUACGCGCACCACCAGCAGCUGAAGUCGGGGCCGCUGCUGCACCGCGGGCUGCACGGCGGCCACGUGGCGCACGGGCAUGGCCACCCGCACGGCCCGCACGCCACCCACCCGGGCCACGGCUCGCUGCCGCUGGGCGCCCACGGUUCGCUCGCGCCCCUACCCCCGCUCGCGCCGCCCCUUGCGCCCCUCGCUCCCCUCGAUCUGUUGAAAAAGGAGGAGCCGCGAUGAUAGCGACCCGCCCCCGCCCACAACUGAUGUAAAUACAGCGUGAACGAUACACCCAAGUGAGAGUACGACUUAUUUAGAUAUAUAUCGUUUCACUUUAUCGGUUUAGAGAAUAAUUUAUUGUGUUGAGGUGUGGCUGGAGCGGGGGGGGGCGGCGGGGGCGGCGAGGGCGCUUCUCUUGUGCAAUACGGGGCGAGGAGUGGGG